CGCGGCGCGCUCUCGAACAGUCUCUUGAUUUGUGGAGCAUAUUAUUAAGACCAAACGCGGCGGUCGUCCAGUCAGUCGACGCAGAGCGCUGCAGCAGCAACAACGACGACGACGACGUCGACUACUACGACAAUUAGAACGUGCAAAGUGCAAAAGUAAAUAAAUAGCGUGCUAAAACAUUGUUAUGACACGCGUGGCGCACAAAUCUGUGGAAUCAGUGUGGAAAAUCCGACUACCAAGCGCAUAAUUUGGCCACAAAUAAACGCUCUUUUAUGGCGCAUCAGCGACACAAACGCUCAGCGACUGCCAGCAAAUUCUACAAGAACAAUAACAGCAGCAGCAGCAGCAGCAGCUAACAUAAAGCAAAAAAAAAACCAUACCAAAAAACAACAACAGAUAUUGCUGAUUUAUACAAAUACAAAUAUUUUGCUAACUUUUGUACCAACAACGUUUAUUUAGAGCACAAUUGAUUUAUUGUUGUUGUUAUUUUCUGGCACAAAUUGCCUACGGAAGACGUUGCCAGCUGUUCGCUGUGAAAAAUUGCGGUAAAAUAUUGACAAUCCAAUAAGAACAACAACAACAAGAAAAAAGUGGGCAGCCCGGUCAACGUCCUGCUGCCGUACAAAAAAGUGUGGUUAUGCACGGCAUUGUCCUCGCUGCCGUCGGCUGUUGAAGGUGAGCCAAGGACAUUGUGCCCUGCCUGCCGGCAGUUGGAAGCUCUCUCGUAGCGCGGCCUAUCAAAAUUUGUUGAAGAUAACAGCCCUGUGUGCGGGCAGCAACUGAUCCCGAACCACACCCCUGCCCCAUACACACAGACACGCAAAGGUCGCCCAAGAUGCGUAUUUUUCCCGUGCGACUCUCGGCCGUCUCGUCGUCCAUGGCGAGCCUGGCCAAAAUGUUGGAUUUCUACUCAGGCUUCAAUCCGUCGCCGCUUUCAAUUAAACAGUUUAUGGAUUUCGGCCAAAAUGCGUGCGAAAAGAAAUCGUUUAUAUUUCUGCGCAAGGAGCUGCCCGUGCGGCUGGCGAAUAUCAUGAAGGAGAUCGCCCUGCUGCCGGAUAAUCUGCUGCACACGCGAUCCGUGAGCGAGGUGAGCUCCUGGUACGUGAAGAGCUUCGAGGAUGUGCUGGAGUACGAGAAGAUCGAGCCCACCCACGAGAAUCUGCAAAAAUUUGUGCGCGAUUUGGAUCUGAUUAGGAAUCGGCACAACGAUGUGGUGCAAACGAUGGCCCAGGGCGUCAUCGAGAUGAAGGAGAACGAGGGCGGGCAGGUGGACGCGCCCACCGAGAGCUCCAUACAAUACUUUCUCGAUCGUCUCUACAUGUCGCGCAUCAGCAUACGCAUGCUCAUCAAUCAGCACACCCUUCUCUUCGGCUCGAAUCCGCAUUCGCUGGGCCGGCAUAUUGGCUGCCUGGAUCCCGCCUGCGAUUUGUCGGACGUUGUGCGGGACGCGUACGAGAACGCGCGCUUUCUCUGUGAUCAAUACUAUCUGGCCAGCCCCGCGCUGGAGAUCCAGCAGUACAGCAGCACGGACGAGGGUGUGCCCAUCCGGACCGUGUACGUGCCAUCGCAUUUGUACUAUAUGCUCUUCGAGCUGUUCAAGAACUCGAUGCGCGCCGUUGUCGAGCAUCAUAGCCGUGACAAUUGCGACACGCUGCCGCCGCUCAAGGUGGCCAUUUGUCGCGGCAAGGAGGACAUUUGCGUCAAGAUCUCCGAUCAGGGCGGCGGCAUACCGCGCUCCCAGUCCGAUCAGCUCUUCAAGUACAUGUACAGCACAGCGCCGCAGCCAUCCAAAUCCGAUCUGCAUACGGUCCCCUUAGCCGGCUACGGCUACGGCCUGCCCAUCUCACGGCUCUAUGCCCGCUAUUUCCAUGGCGAUAUCGUGCUGCUGUCCUGCGAGGGAUUCGGCACCGAUGCCAUUAUCUACCUGAAGGCGCUUUCUGAUGAGGCAAACGAGCUGUUGCCCAUCUUCAACAAGACUAGCUCAAAGUUCUAUCGGGCGACGGUGCCCACCGGCGAUUGGUCCAAUCAGAACUUUUCCAAUCGCUGGCGUUAUAUAUAUGGUUUUAUCAAAAUGUAUAAGAAUCCUUAAGACUGUAAUAAAAAAAAAAAUGAGCCUUGGUCA